AGUGAGUGAGUGAGUGAGUGAGUGAGUGAGUGGUUCUUGUCCGUAUUUGGUAUCCGCAGGUUGGUAUCGUUGGAAGGACAGGGGCAGGUAAGUCCUCCCUGACGCUUUCUCUGUUCCGCUUGAUCGAGGCCUGUAACGGCUACAUCAUCGUCGACGGCGUCAACAUCGCCGACAUCGGGCUCCACGACCUGCGCUCUCGUAUCACCAUCCUGCCACAGGAUCCCGUUCUCUUCUCUGGCACCCUACGAAUGAACCUUGACCCCCUGGAUCAAUACUCAGAUGACCAAAUAUGGAAAGCUCUGGAGACUGCUCAUCUUAAACGCUUUGUAGAAGAGUUGCCAGAAAACCUGAACCACCAUGUCGGAGAAGGGGGACAGAGGCUAAGCGUGGGUCAGCGGCAGUUGGUGUGUCUGGCCAGGUCGCUACUUCGCCGAACCAAAAUCCUGGUCCUGGACGAGGCCACGGCCGCCGUUGACAUGGAAACGGACUCCCUCAUCCAGAACACCAUCCGUGAGGCCUUCAGCUCCUGCACCAUCAUCACCAUCGCACACCGCCUCAACACCGUCAUGGACUACGACAGGAUCCUCGUGCUGGAUGAAGGGUUGGUGAAGGAGUACGACUCGCCCCACGUGCUUCUUGCGAACAAAAAAAGUAUUUUCUACAGCAUGGCCAAGCACUCCGACCUUGUGUAAGAUGGUGAAGGAUGUAAAUCGUGUGUAACUUGAUUAAAGACCCUGAUCUGACUUGACAUGUCUAAGGUGAUGAAUGUAUAAAAGUAUCAAGAAUGUUGUCCUGGGUACGACUUAGUUACUCAGACAGCUGAGCACUGUUUCAAGUUUAGAAAACGUUUUGUUUACUCACUCAUUUUGCUCAAAAUAAAAACCUGUAGAUGUAGGGCUAGAGUUGACCUCUCACCACCACCACCACCACUACCUCAACACACAAGCACUAAC